AUGACUUUCGACCAAUCUAUGAUGUUCCGUCUUCUUAAUGCCAUCGAACGGGUGACCUCGCUAGAAAAUGCCAUUGGUACCAUUGAAGCUAAUGUGUCAGCGACACUUGCAUUAAUUCUUGAAAAGCUUGGGGCAUUGAACCAAAAAAUUGAAGCAAUUCGUAAGGUCGAAGUCUACAAAAUGGCAGAAGUGGAUUUUGACAAUCAUAAGUCGGACAACACUUUAGCCAUAAGUCUGGUUUUCUUUUAUUUCGAGAAAUUUAAAACAGUUAAAACUGUCAACAAACUGUUUUAUCUGAUGCUGGACUUUCUGGUAUCCAAGGAAGUUAGCAACAAAAUGCAGUGGAAAAUGAUGCCUAGGGGCAAAGACAGCAGGCCCGGAAUGGCUGGCCUUUUCAAUCUAUUAGCCGUCUUCGGAGUGGCCGCAAGGACUUUUGCAAAAAAAAAAGGAGAACAGUUAAAUGAAGGAAGAAUACAGCAGCUCGUACGUGAUGCAAGGAAAACACACGCCCGAGAAUUUCGGGCAACAUCCCGUGGCAAUGAACAAGCAGCAGAUGAUGCACCUGCCACAGCAGCAGGAGCAACGCAAAUUAAAGACAACGAUGGCGUUACACUAAAAGAGUUCAUCAACCGACUACAAGCACUAGUAAACGGUUUUAGCCGUUAAUUUCAUUUUGCGUUGCUACUGCUAUUUUUUACAUGUUAAACCGAUGUUUAGUUUACAUUCUUUUGGGUUUGUGAACCACUGGACUGCAUCAGUCCAUUAUUGUGGUUGCGUUUUUUUUUCCAUUCCAAUUUAAUGAUCUGUUUUCAUUUUACCGUGGAAUUCCAAUAAAAUGUAUUGGCAGACAUUCAA